UUCCAUGUCGGCCUAGACAACAUGUUCUCUUCCAAAGUGACGUAUCCUCUGUCCCACGUUUUGUCACUGCCUCCAAACAAUGUUAGGCAAAAAAAUCCAUCUGCUUCAUUUUCAGAGAAGAACAGCCAGUCUCCUUUUCUUCUUCUUCUUCCUCCGCCUCCUCCAAUUCUCAGAUAAAAGGAAAACAUCUGCUCUUCUUUUUUUCCCACCCAGACGCCCAACAUAAUCCUCUCUUUUCCUCUCUCACUUUUUGACUUUGAAAUCAGAAAAAGGCACAAUUUUUUCAAACCUCAAACCACCCCCUUUUCAAUCAUAAAAUCUGCGUGUGGUUAUGUGCUCUGAGACAAGCCCUCCUCGUCUUUCUUUCUCCAAUGACCUGCCAGUUUCGCCUAUCAACCACCAUGUCGAUCCUCCUCGCCGGGACGCCUCGCUGAUGACGAUGAUGGACUCAAAUUCUGAGUUGGAGUUCGAGUUCAGCAUUACCAGAAACAGCUUUCACUCUGAAUCAUCCUCUGCAGAUGAGCUUUUCUCCAAUGGCGUCAUCGUUCCGACUCAAAUUCAAAACCAACCCACCACAAAAAAACAUACUCUUCGUGGUGAACCUCCUUACACUAGACUCCCUCCCCGCCCGUGUUCAUCCCCUGUUGAGAAAACCAAGAAACAGAGCACCAGAGAACCUCAUUCCAGAUCCUUCUGGGGAUUUGCCAGGAGCAGAAGUCUCAAUUGUGACACAAAGAAAAGCUUGUUCUCCUCGUCGUCUUCUCUGCCACGGAGUAACUCUACUGGUUCAGCGACAAAUCCAAAGAGAACGAACUCUAGGGAUAAUGGGAAGGGUCAUGGAGGGUCUUCAUCAUAUCCUGUGCAGAAAUCUGGUUCAGGUAAGGCCUAUGGAGGAUCUUAUUAUGGCGAUGGUCUCCGAGUUAGUCCUGUUCUAAACAUUCCAACUCCUUGCAUCUCUAAGGGUAGUGCCAGUUUAUUUAACUUGGGAUCCAUUUUACGAGCUAGGAAGGUUAAAAAGACUAAGAACUGAGUCAUUUUGUAUGUAGUUGUGAAUCUAAUCAUCUGGCUUUCAUUACUUCCUGCUUGCCAUGGACUCUGUCUUGUUCUUGGAUUACCAGAAAUAUUAACUUGUUUGGAUUCCAGCACUCAUAUAAUUUCUCAAAUUAAAUCUCUCUUUUUUUUUUGGUGAAAAAAUCUCUUAUUUCAUAUAACUAUACAUUCCCUCCAAGCGACGUCUUUCUAAGGAUUAAUACAAGUCAUUUAGAGAAUCAUUGACACUUU